AUGGCCGGCUCCGGAGGCAAGGAUGGCCUGUACGCCGUGCUCGGCGUCUCCAGCGACUGCUCCGAUGCAGAGCUGCGCAGCGCCUACAGGAAGCUCGCCAUGAAAUGCCACCCGGACAAAUGCGGCUCCGGCGGCGUGGAGGCGGAGGCCGCCAAAGCCAGGUUCCACAAGAUCCAGGCAGCAUACGCAGUUCUGUCGGACCCCAACAAGCGUAUCCUCUACGACGUUGGUGCCUACGACAGCGACGGCGACGAUGAGGGUGCAGGAGACAUACUGGGAGACAUCCUGGAGGCCAUGAACCACACACCCCCACACCAGGAAGACGGCGAGGGCGAGAGCUUGGAGGAUCUGCACAAGCAGUUCGAGGAGCUCUUCCUCAAGCCCGACGCAGCCUACUCCUCCUCCUCCUCCAAGACAAGGGCCGCCGGCAGGAAGUAG